CGUUCGGUAGCUUUCUGUUUUCACUUUUCAAAGUUUGCUUGAAUUUUGUUUAUUUUACUCUAUUUUCGGAUUUUAAAUCAAUUUUUGACUAUAGUUUUGUGUAUUUUCGUUUCUUAUAAUAACGAGUAUGUGAUUUCCUAUCUGCAGAUCCAUCGAGUCAAUUUUUACUUCGUUAAUUUAUCAUAAUCAUAGUUCCGCAUAGGAUUGUUUUGAAUCGGCUCGCCAUUCUCCAUCACAAUGAAUUCCGGUACAUUAUACGGCGGAGAUGAUAUAGGAGCUCUGGUUUUCGAUGUGGGCAGUCAAUCAUUACGCGUCGGAUAUGCUCAAGAGGAUACUCCUAAAGCCGAAAUCCCCGCAGUAGUCGGCGUCCUAGAAGAAGGCAACCGAAACGCCGACAUAAACACAGGGUCCGCCGAAAUCGAAUCUAAAAAUGCGAACAACGUUACCAGCGAAACUAAGUAUUACAUCGAUACGAACGUAUUGUGCGUUCCUCGUAAAGGAAUGAAAGUCGUGAAUUACAUGAAAGAUGGCAUGAUCGACGACUGGGAUUUGUUCGAGAAAGUCUUGGACUAUGCUUACGAUAGAUGCAUUCAAUCCGAAUCGAAAUAUCAUCCAGUUUUAAUGUCCGAGUCUCCGUCAAAUUUACGUCCUAAACGUGAAAAACUUAUGGAAUUGAUGUUUGAAAAAUACAACGUGCCAGCUUUCUUUUUGGUGAAAAACGCUGUACUUUCGGCUUUCGCCAAUGGACGUGUUACCGCGCUUAUUGUAGAUAGUGGAGCGACUCACACUUCAGCUGUUCCUGUUCACGAUGGUUAUGUGCUAUCUCACGCUAUUGUCAGAUCUCCUUUAGGCGGUGAUUACAUUACCAUGCAAUGUCGACAGUUUUUGCAGGAAAAUGAUAUUGAUAUCACUCCUCAAUACAUGAUCGCCAACAAAGAAGGGGUCAAAGAAAAAGAAAAGCCAUUGUGGACGAAGAAAGCUAAUUUACCCGAAGUUACUCCAAGUUGGCAUAAUUACAUGCAAAAACGAGUCAUUCAAGACUUCCAACAAAGUGUUUUACAAGUAUCGGAAACACCUUACGAUGAGAAAACCGUCUCCGCUUUACCUACCUCGCAUUACGAAUUUCCCAACGGUUAUCACCAGGACUUCGGUUGUGAAAGAUUCAAAAUUCCUGAAAUUUUAUUCGAUCCAAGCGUAAACCUAGGAGGUUCGAUGUUAGCCGUUGGCCAAAUAGUAACUACGAGCGUAGGCAUGUGUGACGUUGAUAUUAGACCAUCGUUGUAUAAUAGUGUUGUCGUUACUGGUGGUAAUUCAUUUCUACAAGGAUUCCCUGAACGACUAAAUCGAGACUUAUCCGUACGUAUACCGAGUAGCAUGCGUUUAAAAAUCAUAUCCGCUAAUGGUUCAGCUGAAAGAAGAUUCGGUGCUUGGAUCGGCGGUUCUAUAUUAGCAUCGAUUGGAACAUUCCAACAAAUGUGGAUCAGUAGUCAAGAGUACAAAGAAAGUGGUAAAAGCCAAAUUGACAGAAAAUGUCCCUGACUUGACCAACGCUUAUUAUUUGAUGGAUAUUAAUUUUGGUUCGACAGUUAUCGUUGUCAUUGACCGAAAUCUGUACGAAUUUCUCGUUGAUUUAAUUAGAAUACAAGUUUCGAUUUAAGAUAUUUUUUAUAGUGUAAGUCGAAAUAAUGAUUAUUACGUAUGGUUUCCUGAACUAUUGUAGAUUUCAUCGUACUACUCAGAAUUUUAGAAAAUCCAACGAAAUGCGUUAUGUAGAUUUUAAAACUGCUUGUUUUACUUACGUUCGCUGGCUGGUUUGUGUAGAUUCGAUGCUUGCAUUGUAAAUAUUUUUUUAAUAAAUGCAUUUGACAUGUA